AUGACCUCAAGUAGUGCUACCUCCCCCUACAAUGAUUCUCAGACAGUCAACUCCGAUCAUGCGCAGGGUCCAUUGCGCAAGAAAAUGCGCAAAGGAACGAAAUCCUGUCUAGAAUGUCGGCGUCGAAAGAUCAAGUGUACGUUUGAACCAGGAAGGCCGGCUUGCUGCAAUGAAUGCUAUGCCAGAGGAUCCACAUGUAUAGACCAAGAGCAUGGAGACAUCCAGACAUAUGCGACAACUAAUGCCGAACAGUCCUCCUAUAGCCUGAGAGAACGAGUCUCUCAAUUGGAGGAUCUCGUAAAGCAGGUUUUACAUCGCCUCCCCGAAAGGGCUGAUGAGACAGAUAAGGCCCAGGAACAAGACAAGUCACAGGUCGAUGCUCAAGCCGCAGAAGUCUUAAAAUCACUGAAAAGCUCUUUAAGACGCGCGGACGCUGUUCUGGAAGAGUCCUUAUUACUUCCUGGUGGUCUUCGAGACGAUGCCCCUGCCCUGACUCUCUUCGACAACGAGGUCAUCACGAGGAAAGAGAGCCAACCUGUAAUAUCUCGUGCGCAAUACAACAAGUCAAAAGCCCUCAUCACAGCACUGAGCCAACUACUACCCUCUCCACAUGACCUGGAGAUCAUUCUUCAGAACUCUCAUGAAUGGUGGCUCAUAUGGCGGAAAAUGUUCCCCGAAAUCACCGACAGCCGGUGUGAUACCAUCAAAGAAUCAGUCUCCCAUUCUCUCCGAUCCGAAAAGCCCGCCGAGCUGGCCAAAAUCAUGUUGUGUAUAGCUAUCGGGGUCCAUCAAUUACCAGACAGCUUCGAUUGGUCCAUUCUACAUAUGAAGGAGGAGCCUGCCGAGUUGAUGGAGAGAUACAUCGCGACUGUCGACCGCCUAAUCACCUCCGACGACGAAAUAGCUGCAACACUUGAGGGAAUCGAAUGUAUGAUGCUUGAGGCCAAAUACCAUGUCAAUAUGGGACGUCCCAGGCGUGCUUGGCUCCUUUUCCACCGUGGUAUCGCAUUCUCCCAGCUCUUGGGUUUCCAUCGUCUAGCAGCCCAACCAAACACAUCAUCUCCACAGCACCAACGUCAGGUCAACCUGUGGAGUCACCUAGUGCUAGGUGACAGGUAUCUCUCUUUACUUCUUGGCUUGCCGUACUCGGUUGCCGAGUCUUUUGUGGCUCCUUAUGUAAGUGGUGCUCACAUCGCUGCAGGCAAUACUGGCGAGAUCUUUGUCUCAAAGAUGAUUCCCGUAGUCACCAAGAUCAAUGAUCGAAAUCAGAGUAUUACCCCCAUGGGCUACUCGGCCACAUUAAGAAUGGACCAAGAUCUUGAAGAAUUGCAUGACGCCCAGGAUCCUGCUUGGUGGUCAACGGAUUUCUUACCGGGUACUCCUCCAGAAGAACAUUUCGAUCGACUCCAAGCACACUUUUUCUACCACCAAGCAAAAUUGCUGCUUCACAUGCCUUUCAUGCUCCGGUCUUCAAGCGACAAACGUUAUCAAUAUUCUCAUACCACUGCACUGGACGCUUCCCGAGGAAUGAUCAGGGUCUACGAUGCACUACGCAGCAAUACCGCUGUUGGUCCAUUCAUCUGCAAGCUGAUUGACUUUCAGACUUUUACAGCAGCGAUGUUAUUACUGCUGAAUUUGUGCGGCUAUUCCCAACAGAAUCGAAAUACUCAUUCUACACAGCCAGAUCAUGAACAGGAUCAGAAAGAUUCAGAUCUCAUUGAUCACACCAUCCAUCUUCUCAAAGAUGCUUCCAAAGAAGCCGGCGGCGUGGUCGCUGCUCAAAGCGCCCAAGCUCUCGAAAUGCUAGCCAAGGUACGGCAGGGGUGCACGGAGCGUGAGGCUAAGGAGUGUGCCGCCUCCAAAGAGACGUGCCAGGUCUCCAUUCCAUACUUCGGGACGAUUUCAAUCGGCAUGGGCAAGAAAUUCGUUCCGAUCAAACCAGGAACGUAUGUCUCAAGAGGAAACUCCGCGCUAAACACCACCAUCUCGGCUGGAGGAGUCGCAAAUAGCGGUCUCCCUACGCCGCCCUCGAACUAUUCCAAUAGCACACAGCAUUCGCCAUUAGUCACAAAUGUCGACAGCCAGCUCCAAGCACACCGCUUACCUGUUUAUGAAUCAACCUCAUACAUAGCACCUGGACUAGAUUCAUGGCCCGAAACUGACGAUCCACUGGUCACAUUCGACAGCUUCAUGUCGUUUCCCUCACAGGUCCCAAUGGAUUUCCCGUCGGCGAGCGCGACAGGCAGCUCCGGCUUCACUCCCCAGCAGCAGAACCAAAGCCCAUACAACGCCGCCAUCCACGACUUCAACACCGGCGUCGCCACGGGAGGCAUGGGCAAUGUCGCCGCUCAGAACUUCAACUUCGGCUCCUUCCCGUUCAACCAGACGAAUCUCGAUCUCGACCAGGGAUGGAACUGGUUCGGUAUGGAUGCUCCAGUCGUGCCACAGUGA